AAUAAAUAAUGGAAGAUUCUAGAAAUUACUUGAUGGUUGCUGCUAUUGACUUUGGUACUACAUACUCAGGUUAUUCGUUUUCGAUGAGAAAUGAGUUCGCCAAAGACCCAUUACAAAUACACACUGCAAUGUGGAAGACUCGUCACUGCACGUCAGUGAAAACACCAACAUGUCUAUUAUUAGACGGGAAACGAGAGUUUGUAGCGUUUGGGUACGAUGCAGAGAAUCAGUGGGCUGAAUUGUUAUUAGAAGAAGAACAUGCUGAUUACUUGUAUUUUGAACGCUUCAAAAUGAAUCUACAUAAUAACAAGAACAUCACAAGUAGCAUGAUGCUAGAAGACAUUACUGGGACAAAACGAAUGCCAGCUUUCGAUGUAUUUAAAUUAUCAAUCAACUUCUUAGUAACACAUUUACUAGAUCUUUUGAAAACACGAGGAAAUAUAGUCCAGCAAGAUGAAGUUAAAUGGGUCCUUACUGUUCCUGCAAUCUGGACUGAUAAAGCUAAAAGAUUUAUGAGAUCGUGUGCUGAAGCGGCUGGCAUACAAACAAAGAAUUUGAUCGUUGCACUUGAACCAGAAACAGCAUCUAUUUUUUGUCAAUAUUUACCCACUGAAAGAUUGAAUGGUUCGGUACCAGGUUUCGCAAUGACUUCGGAGGGGACAGAGUACAUGGUCGUUGACCUUGGAGGCGGUACUGCAGACAUUACAGUUCAUCCGAAAGUAGCAAAUGGUCGCUUGAAAGAAAUACACAGAGCUAUGGGAAAUGAUUGUGGGGGUACAUCGGUUGAUAGAAGGUUCUUCAAGCUUUGUGAACAGAUCUUUGGAGAGAAAAUAAUGAAAUCAUUGAAAGAAGAUAGCCCCCUUGCAUAUUUAGACUUAGUAAGAGAAUUCGAGAUUGUCAAGAAAACACUUGAAAUUAAUAAACCUAAAGUUACUAUAACAAUACCGUUUGUUGCACUAAACACAAUGUGCCAGGAAGUUCACAAAAAAGAUUUAAAGUCUCUGCUUAAAUCCUCUACAUAUUCAGGGGAAAUAACACUAACACAUGAUAAGAUUCGUAUGAGCCUUGAGUUUUUCAAGAAACUAUAUACACCUACAAUUAACAAUGUGCUUACUCUCAUGAAAGAGAUUUUAGGAAAAAAGACAUUAAAGGGCGUGACACAUUUGUUAUUGGUUGGAGGAUUCUCAGAUUGCCAGUUUAUAAAAGACGCAGUUAAUAAAGAAUUCCUGGAGAAAAGAAUAAUAAUUCCAGAUGAAGCCAGUCUUUCCGUGCUUAGAGGGGCUGUUUUGUUUGGCCAUAAGCCAGAAUAUAUCCAGUCACGGAUAAUGCGAUGCAGUUAUGGUGUGAAAACUAAUGUUCCUUGGGAUGACAGAAAAUAUGAUAAAAAACAUUAUGUAGUUAUGGAAAAGGAGAAAAGGUGUGACAACAUUUUUUCUCUUAUCGUCGGAAAAGACGAAAGCGUUAAAGCAGGAAUGGUAGUUAAUAAAUCAUUCUUUACACCUUUCGAACAUCAAGACAAAAUGGACAUCAUGGUAUAUGUAUCUGAAGAGACAACACCAAGUUAUGUCGACGAUGAUACAUGUGCUUUGCUAUGUACACCGACAAUCACUUUUUCUGACACCUGCGAGGAUCAACGCUGGGUAGACGUAGAAUUUGUCCUUGGAAAUACGGAAAUUGACAUUAAGGCUCAUGAUAGAAAGUCUGGGGAGGCGAUAUCAGCAACGUUUAAUCUAAUAUAAGGAUUAUUAACUUGAAUGCAUUAUCACCUGCGUCUU